AUGGGCACAUGCAAUGGUAGCCGAAGCAGUGGCGCAGAGGUGCGCAGUGGAGUGGCAAAAAGUGAUCGCCUGGAUUUAUCAGCGAGUGACACAGUGGUUGCUGAAGCAGAGGAGCAGAGGUACAGGGUAGCUGAAGCAGUAGCACAGAGGUACGGGGUGGCUAAGAGGGAUCUCCUGGACUCAUCAGCCAGCGACACAGCAGUGCGGCUGGCCCUAGGAGAGGCGCACAUAGUGGCGGACACCAAGAGGGCUCUCCUAGACGCCGCCGACAUCCACGUGUCCCUCAUGGAGCAAUUCGCCACCCGCCGCCUUACAGGCUCUCCAUUCUGUCUUUUCUGCUCCAUGCGCCCUUCCUAUCAGGUGGCUGAAGUAGUAGCCCAAAGGCAUGUUCCUCUGUACCUGGAAUGGGCACCAAAAGGAAUCCUCCUAGAACCCGCAACGCCAUCGAACGCGCCAACCACAACAGCAACAGCAACUUCUAGGGAAGCGGGUGGGGGGCCAGGAGAGGGAAGAGCAAGAGAAGAGAACGAGGGAGGCGAGAUGAAGAGUGUAAAGAAGCAGGGAGCAGUGGGGCUUUUGCCUGUGGUGAUGGAUGGGAAGGCGGCCAGGCGUGUGGCUGCUGAGGCGGAGACCGUGGGGGGAGUGGCAGGGAGAGAUGGGGGAGGAGAAGGAGGGGAAGGGCAUGCGGUGGAAGGGGAGGAGGAUGGGCAGGUGAGCCUAGCAAAAGGAGGAACAGAGGGGGUGGGUGGGAUAGGGUUGAAGGAUGUGCUGGGAGGGUGGAGGGAGGUCUGA